UAAUCGAUGAUCUACUGUAUAUCAAUAACGUGUUCCAAAAUUCGUUCAAAUUACACAUGACGUCAUGUUCGGAGCAGAGAACAGAGAUAUCGUUAAUGAAUCAUAUAUUUCGAAGCAUAGAAAACGCUCUUUAGCAUAAAAUUUAUCUCUGAUUUUUGAAUAUACAAAAAUCAUAAUUUUAGAUAUAUAAAUUUGAAUAUAUUUUCGAAUAAAAUUGACGUCAUCAUCCAAACCGAUUAAUUUUCGAGUUGAUGUUUUUGAAUAUUUAAGAGCUUUAAUAUAACCAGAAAUGCGGUUAAAAUUUCGAAUUACCUCAUUAGAUAACUGUAUACGCGCCGACGUUAAAUGGACUUUACAGAAUCUUCUCCGACAGUGGCAUUUCUCCGUAAUAGAAUGGGUUGAGACGGAAAAAACUGAAAAAUUUGAUGACAAGCCUACAUUUGACGAACAUUUAAUUGAAAUACAGUGUAAAAGUAGUCGUUUUUUUACCGAUCUGUAUUCUGAAAUGGAUAUUUUGACAACAAAUUGGUGUAGAGCGUAUACAAAAUGUUGGUUAACAUUAACAACUCUUAAAUGUUUUCACCCAACUAGAAUUGCCUGUCAUGAAAACAUCGUUUUGAAAAUAUUAAACUACGGAACUCUCUGCUCUCAAAUGCAAUAUAUAAUUCACAGACAUGUAAAAGGAUUGCUCUCUGCAAAUUUUUAUCAUGACUUACGGAUAUUAGAAGUAAAACACAGAAGAAAUAUUUACGAUAACAACAAUAAUUUAUUAACAAUAAAAUAUUCUUCCAUAAGGAAAAUUAUUGUAAAAAUAAACAGAGACUCUGCUUUACUCUUCUUAGAUAUUAAAUAUCCUCCUGUUGCUUUUUCUAGGGGAAGAAGAGUUUUAACCUUCGAUACUGUUGACAGAGAAGUGCACGGAAAAUCAACAGUUUUGAUGUUACAUAUCGAAGAUUUAGAAUUUGCUAAACAAAUAGUUAGCAGACUUCAUUCGUGUAAUAAUGUGAUGCCUAUUCAUUAUGGCUCCAUACAAUUAAUUUCUAGAAGAUAUUUGCCACUACCCACUUUUAAUUUGAGUAAUUUCGAUUGCACUUACAACUUAUACGCAAUACUUACUAGAAAUUUUGUCUUGCUAGAACAAACUAGAGGAAAUUGGAAAACUUUCAUUAAUCAGAUAGAACAACAAUGCAACGAAAAUCCAAGUUACUUAGAGAAAGCCUUGGAGUCUAUAUUAGAUUUCCAAGAACGUGGUGUACUUUGCCACUUUCCACAUGCUAUUGAAUUGAUGUAUCGUUGGUAUUGUGAAAAAGAUGCAGUUUAUGUAAACGAUAACGAAUAUACAACGCCUCCUAAUACCAAAUUGAUUAGGAGAGUAGUUUUGACUCCGACAAGAACUUUGUUUUAUCCUUCUGAAUUUCAAUUCAGUAACAGAUUGUUGAGGAAUUUUAAUGCAGAUUAUGCACUUCGAGUUUCUUUUCGAGAUGACGAUGGUAGGAAGUUGAGUGCACCAGCAGCAUACAGUGAUGACAUAUUGGAAUUCUCAGUUACCAUGCCUAUGACUUUAGGAAUAAAUAUAGGCGCAAGACAUUACAAAUUUUUGGCAUGGUCAAAUUCUCAAAUUAGAGAUCAUGGUGUCUGGAUGUAUGCGGAAGACGAUAACGGACAUAAUACUGAUACCAUACGAACAUGGAUGGGGGAUUUUUCGAUAACCAAAAGCAUUUCCAAGUACAUGGCUCGUUUGGGACAAUGCUUUUCACAUACAGAAGACACAAUCAAGAUUCCUUUAGAUGAUCGUUACAUCAUCACAGAUGAUGAUAUUGAAGGUGGAUUAAACCCUGUUACAGGGAAACCUUACUGCUUUUCAGAUGGAAUUGGCAAAAUAUCUAGACAAUUAGCCGAGAACGUGAGCGAAAAGUUGAAUUUGAAAAAAGUUCCGUGUGCUUUUCAAAUCAGAUAUGCAGGUUAUAAAGGAAUGCUUGUUGUCGAUCCGAUGUUGGGGGACAAAGGACUGAAGAUUGUGUUUAGAAAAAGUAUGAAAAAAUUUGAUAGUCCAUCUAAUCAACUUGAAAUAGUGAAGAAAAGUCAACCCAUUCUUGUACAACUAAAUCGACCAAUGAUUAACAUCCUAAAUCAAUUGGGUGUUCCUAAUGAAGUAUUUAUAGAACUUCAGGAAGAAAUGCUGUCAACCAUAACAGAUAUUUUAACGGACGAUGAAAAGGCUGCAGAAUAUCUCGUUUCUAAACUGACUUCAAAAACUACGGGUAUAACAGGAUUUAAAGAAAUGGUAAAUGCUGGAAUCGGAUUGACAGGCGAUCCUUUCUUUCGUGAACUGUUAUUAUGUCUUCGUGAAAGAGCGAUUUAUGAUAUUAAAAUGAAAGCUAGAUUAUCCAUAAGUCCCAACGAAGGACGGACUAUGUUCGGAGUUUUAGACGAGACAGCCACUCUCGAAUAUGGUCAAGUAUUUAUACAAUAUACGAAAGAUAUUUUACGCCAAGAAAUUAGUAUAGAAACAAUAAUUAAAACAGGUCGAGUGUUGGUGACAAAAAAUCCUUGUACUCAACCUGGAGAUAUUCGAAUUUUAGAAGCUAUUGAUGUUCCUGCUUUACAUCAUAUUGUAGAUUGUAUAGUGUUUCCACAGAAAGGGAAACGACCUCAUCCAGAUGAGAUGGCUGGAUCUGAUCUAGAUGGAGAUGAAUAUGCUGUUAUUUGGAAGAAAGAGUUAUUUUUUUCUCAUAACAGAGAACCAGAAGAUUUCCCUUCUCCCGAUGAAAAUAAACAAUCAAGUGCUUUAUUUAAUAUAUAUCGAUCAACUGAAAUGCUAAAAGAAUACAUUAAAAAUGAUCAUAUUGGCAUAAUCGCAAAUGCCCACUUGGCAAUUUCAGAUAAAUAUGGUAUAAAUUCUCCAAUAUGCAAAAAAGUUGCUCGCAAAUUUUCUCUGGCAUUAGAUUAUGUAAAGACUGGUUAUAUAGAAUCCUUAACAUAUGAGGAGAAGCCACAACAAUAUCCAGAUUUUAUGGAAAGAAGAACAGAGAGGGAAACUUAUUGUUCAGAACGUGCUUUAGGUGAUUUAUAUAGAGAUUGUGAAAUAUAUGAACAGAAAACUAUACAUGUUGAACAGGAAAGUCUUGGAUUACAGAUCGAUCCGGAUUUAAUUUAUCCUGGUUGGGAAAAAUACAAAAAUUCUGCUCUUAUAUCUAGAAGAAAUUAUAAUAAUUUUCUUCAAAUUUUGAUGCAAAGAUAUGGAAUUCAAACAGAAAUCGAAACUAUUUCUGGUGCUUUUCGAACACUUCACCAACGAUAUUCUUACAGAAACGAUGCUUCAGAUGCUGAAAAGCUAGUUCUUCAAUAUAUACAAACACUGCAUAAACGCUUUAAAAAAGAAUUUUAUCAAGAAUUUGGAAUCUCAGAUGAUACAGAAAAUAUAGAUCCAAACAUACACGAAGAGAUAUUGAAGAAAGCAUCUGCGUGGUAUGUUAUAACAUAUAAUAGCAAUUCUACACAAUAUCUUAGCUUUCCAUGGAUCGUUUCAAAAUAUUUGAUUGACUUAAAAGCCAAACAAGACAAAGAAAAAACAUUUCAAACAUCAAUAAUUACAAUUUUAGAGCAUAAUUUACAAUCUAUAAUAAAUGAAUUUCCAAAACUUGAGAGUGAAAAUAAACUCAAUCUAUCUGGUUGUUCCAUUUCUCCAAAUAUAAUAGCAUCGGCUUACAGAUUAAUUGGUCAUUGGAUGAGCAGAAUGAAAGAAUUCCAACCUGAAAAUGAACUUUGGCUUUUAGAAUAUAUUCCUUGCAUAUUACAGAAUAGUUAUAAUGUAAGAGAAGUAGAUGAUGUAGAUUUAAAUAUUAAAAAAUGCAAUAUUGUUAAUUUAUGCUUGGACUUUUUAAAAUCUAUUAGAAAUAAUUCCUCUCUUCCCAAAAAUUUAGCUUGGCUCCCUUCUUACGCUAGAGACACUUAUAACAUUUUGGCUGCAACUGGCAAUUUGUCCGCAUUUUAUCAAAUUAAACACCAUGAUAAAUUAAAUGAAUUAGUAGAACUGAAACCUAUUAAGCUCGUGGCUAAAAUACUUCCUGGAUCUAGAGACAAAAAAAUUGAUGUUCUGCGUAAUAUUUUGUGUUCUUUAGUUGAUUUAAAGGCUUUAACUAUUAGAAGUACGGAAAAAAAUUGUUUAGUUGUAUCUGCGGUUGGGUCAUUAAAAACAAUAAAAUAUCUGGAAAAUUUCUUUCGUAAAGACACAGAAACGCUAAAGAAAAAUCUUGAAGCAGAAAGAAAUAAAUUGGACCAACUUCAACCUUAAAUGAACUUAGUUCAAAUGAAUUUAAAGAAUUUUCUCUGAAAUUUUUCAUUCUAUGAUUUCGUGUAAAUUCUAUCACUUAAUGGACAAUAUUGCUAAUUUUAUAAAUUAUACUUUUAAAAUGUAUUAAAUUUAAAUACACUAAAAUUAUAUAUAUAUUUUAAUGUUAUGCUCUAAAUAUUAAAUGUAUUUAUAAAACGUUAUUUUUAAUAUAUUGUAUUACUGUAUAUAUAUAUUUAAAUAUUUUAAAAUUUAAUUGUAGUUUUAAUGUAUGUCUCUACAUUCUAUAAAGCAAAUUACACAAUAUUAAUCC